AGGGAGUGAGACCUAGGCAGAGCUCCUGGGCAGACUUGCCAGGCUUUGCCACAGUGCCCCCCUGGAUGGGGUUAAACCCCAAGAAACGGUCAAGAUUUUACCCCGCCCUCCUCCUGCUCUCCCCUCCCCCUUCGCUGUGUCGCAUUUCCCAGUCUUUACACCUGACGUCCCGUGUCUCACCCAUCUGAGUUUCUUCCAGACUCCAGACAGAGUCACCUGUCUUGAGAAACGGGGUGUAGGCUGGGUUGGGCAGAGUGUGUCUUGGGUAGUGGUCCCUGGAAAUCUGCGAUUUUAAAUGUGGCGUGUAGAAUCAGGCGAGCUGAUAAAGCAGACUCAUUCCCCUGCUGGUGAAAGUGUUUUGUAGAACUAGAGCUCUUAUUUACUUCUCUGGGGCUUGGCUGUUUGCAGGCUGACGCUGGGAGGAAGCAGCAACAGCAGCAGCAGCAGCAGAGAUGGCGCGGCUGGUUGCAGUUUGCAGAGACGGGGAGGAGGAAUUUCCCUUUGAAAAGAGGCAGAUCCCCCUCUACAUAGAUGACACCCUUACAAUGGUGAUGGAAUUUCCCGAUAAUGUGCUAAACCUCGAUGGAUAUCAGAAUAAUGGUGCACAGUUAAAGCAGUUCAUUCAGCGACAUAGCAUGCUUAAGCAGCAGGAUCUAAAUAUUGCCAUGAUGGUGACAUCGCGUGAAGUCUUGAGUGCACUUUCUCAGCUUGUCCCAUGUGUUGGCUGUCGUCGUAGUGUGGAACGUUUGUUUUCCCAGCUUGUUGAGUCUGGAAAUCCAGCCCUUGAGCCCCUUACAGUAGGGCCAAAGGGAGUCCUUUCUGUAACUCGAAGCUGUAUGACUGAUGCAAAGAAGCUUUAUACUCUAUUUUAUGUGCAUGGGUCCAAAUUAAAUGAUAUGAUAGAUGCAAUUCCAAAAAGUAAGAAGAACAAGAGAUGCCAGUUGCACUCCCUAGACACUCACAAGCCAAAGCCUUUGGGUGAAGGGAGCAAUAGCACACUCAGUACAGAGAAAUUAGGUGCAGAUAAGAAAAAUAGUGAAGACAACAGGAAGGAGAGCAAAUGUAGGAUCACUUUCCACUAUGGACCUUUCCAGGGAGCUGCCAGGGGAUGUUGGAUGGAUGUGUGGGAACUCAUGUCUCAAGAAUGCAGGGAUGAAGUAGUUUUAAUUGAUUCUAGUUGUCUUUUAGAAACAUUAGAAACAUAUCUGCGAAAACACAGGUUUUGCACUGAUUGCAAAAAUAAAGUGCUUCGAGCGUACAAUAUUCUUAUUGGUGAGCUAGAUUGCAGCAAAGAAAAGGGCUAUUGUGCUGCACUUUAUGAGGGUUUGCGUAGUUGUCCACAUGAACGUCAUAUUCAUGUAUGCUGUGAAACAGACUUCAUUGCGCACCUAUUGGGUCGAGCUGAACCAGAGUUCGCAGGAGGGUAUGAACGAAGGGAAAGGCAUGCUAAAACAAUAGACAUAGCCCAAGAAGAGGUUUUGACCUGCUUGGGUAUUCAUCUUUAUGAAAGAUUACACCGAAUCUGGCAGAAGCUACGGGCUGAAGAGCAAACCUGGCAGAUGCUUUUUUACCUUGGCGUUGAUGCUUUACGCAAGAGUUUUGAGAUGGCCGUGGAAAAAGUGCAGGGUAUCAGUCGAUUGGAACAACUCUGUGAAGAGUUUUCAGAAGAGGAAAGAGUAAGAGAACUUAAACAAGAGAAAAAGCGCCAAAAACGGAAGAAUAGGCGGAAAAACAAGUGUGUGUGUGAGAUUCCUGCUCCCUUACAGGCAACAGAAGAGAAAGAAAUCAGUCAGGAGAAGGAAAACUCAGACUUUAUGGAAAAUAGUUGCAAAGCCUGUGGUAGUACAGAUGAUACUAGCAAUUGUGUAGAAGUAAUUGUUACCAAUGAAAGCACUUCAUGUACCUGUCCUAGUAGUGGUACUCUGUUGGGUUCACCUAAAAUAAAGAAAGGUUUAUCUCCACAUUGUAAUGGUAGUGAUUGCGGAUAUUCAUCAAGCAUGGAGGGCAGUGAAACAGGAUCUCGGGAGGGUUCAGAUGUAGCCUGCACUGAAGGCAUCUGUAACCAUGAUGAAAAUGGUGAUGAGUCAUGUGUCCACCGCUGUGAUGAUAAAGAGGAAGACGGGGAUAGUUGCGUGGAAUGUUGGGCUAAUUCUGAAGAGACUAAUAUAAAAGGCAAAAAUAAAAAGAAGAAAAAGAAAAGCAAAACUUUGAAGUGUGAGAAUGAGCAUGAUGAAUCCGAAUGCACUUCUGAUGAGGAAAUCUUUAUCUCACAAGAUGAAAUACAGUCCUUUAUGGCAAACAACAAGUCUUUUUACAGCAAUAGAGAACAGUACCGACAGCAUCUGAAGGAGAAAUUUAAUAAAUACUGCCGCUUAAAUGAUCACAAGAGGCCCAUUUGUAGUGGUUGGUUGACAACAGCUGGAGCGAACUAAAUACAAUAAAAUAGCUCUGUCUUUCAUUGAAAUCCUCAAGAUGACUACUGCGCCUUCUCUUUCAAAAACUUAAUUUAGUGACUUACGGCAAAAUUUUAUCUUAAUCAAUGUGAUUCUUUUUUCUUUCUCUUUUUCUUUUCUUUUCUUCUUUUUUGGUGGGGAGAUUGGUGGAGGUGAUUUCGUUAAUUUUGGUCUUUCUUCAGGCUUGUUUCUUUAGUUGAGUAGCUGUGCAAGCCUCUCAUAAUUUAUGCCAUCUCUUUUCAUUAAAUGUUUCUCUUACUGUGAGACUUAUUAAAAAAAAGCAACCUAGUGGCAAAGUAAUGUUGUACUUAUAAUUCUGUACAGAAUGACAAUGAGCUGAAUAUAAGAUUUUACAAAUAGACAUCCACUUGCAAAAUGUUUUGGAUGUAAUAUGUUAAAGCGCAAUGUGCAAAAUUUAAAUAAAGAAUAUUUAUUAAUAUGCAUAGUAAAA